CUUUUCCAACAAAGUCCAUCUUCCGUGUCCAGUCUACGCAUCUCUUCCUCGAGGAAACCCUCCACUGCUCCUGCUUUAUCUCAGCCUCCCCCCGGCAACCAGACCUACACCCACCAAACUCAAAAUUCUUUUCUCUGUCAAACAAGACCGCCAAAAUGUCGCAAUCCGGAGCAACCGUCCACGAGGACUGCGUCACCGCCUGGAACGACCUCAAGCUCAACAAGAAGCACAAGUAUGUCAUCUUCAAGCUGUCCGACGACCUUAAGGAGAUUGUCGUCGAGGAGGCGAGCGACAACAAGGACUGGGAGGCCUUCCGCCAAAAGCUCAAGGACGCCAAGACCGUCUCCAAGACCGGCGCCGAGAGCAAGGGUCCCCGAUACGCCGUCUACGACUUCCAGUACAACCUGGCCUCUGGUGAGGGCGAGCGCAACAAGCUGACCUUCAUCGCCUGGUCCCCCGAUGAUGCCGGCAUCAAGGCCAAGAUGGUGUACGCCUCCUCCAAGGACGCCCUGAAGCGCGCGCUGAGCGGUAUCGCCGUCGAGAUCCAGGCCAACGACGACGAUGACAUCGAGUACGACUCCAUCCUGAGCAAGGUCAGCAAGGGCGCCGCCGCCUAAGCCAUGAUCGCGAGAGAAGCACCACAAAGCUGCGUUGCCUUUAUAGUAGACGGCUGGCCUGGUUUGAGAACGUGCCACGCGCGGAUUUCACGAGUAGUUGUGUAGCAAGACUUGAGGUGGGAAAGAAAUCAUAUUUCAACAUUGGGGGGACCACUUUGCUCUUAUGUCCAUAAUGAAAAAGACAGGACGGCAACCCGAGAUUCUUGAUAUCGGCGUUGCUCUAGAAUAGCAAUCAGAUUGGGCGUUGGGCCUCCUUCC